CACUUGUUUUCACACCAGCCGGUUUCACAGACUGAGACAGGAGAGUGACUCAAGAUGCAGCUUGUCAAAGUGCUCGUGUUUUGUCUUGCUUUAGUAAGCAUUGACAAAGGUUCCCAGGCGGUGAAUGUGGACUACCAGGCGUCGCUGAUCAACAACAAGCUUUCCAGCCUUAUGGCUCCCAAGUUGGUGUGCUCGGGUUAUCUAUGGUUUAGAAGUUGUGUUAAAGUCCCCCCAAAGUUAGACACUCUGCUGGUAUUGGACAGUAGUGGAAGCAUAACAUCGUAUCAAUUUGGAAAAGAAAAAGACGCAGCAAAGGUGAUUGUUGACUACAUCCACAACAAAGCACCCAUCGGAUAUUAUAAAUCACGUGUAGGUCUGAUAGAAUACUCCGUGUACGCUCACUUUGAAUUCAAGUUUAACGAGUACAACACGCCUGCAGCGAUCAAGAACAGGAUUCAACUUGUUACAUAUGACAACGGUUGGCGCACGGCAACCGCAAUUGCACUGGGGAAAGCCAAGACGGAGAUGCAAGCUAACAGUCGUCCUGGCAACGUCAAAGUUGUUUGGGUGUUUACUGAUGGUAGAUCUAAUUAUGGUGGGAACCCUAAAAUACCGGCUGAUCAACUGAGAGCAAUCGGCACAACUGUGUGUAUCAUGGUAAUUGGACCGUCUAUUAACUGGGCCGAGAUACACGAUAUUGGAAAUAAAGACUGCAUCUUCCAAGCGACAUCAUUUUAUCAGGCUUUGCAGAUCCUUUCGAGGGCGUACUCUUUGAGCAAGAGCUCACCGACGUUGAGCGAUAAUUUCUUCAGUGGCCUUAAGUUGUAACGCGUUUUUGUUUUAUGUAAAUUAGAUCCAUGAAAUAAAAAACAU